AUGGUAGAUCAAGGCAGCAUGGUGAAGGUAGUCACAUGGACAACAUACAAACGCAUGGGAGGGAUGAAGAUGCGAUUACGAAUGAACACUACCACAAAGAUUGGCGUAGUUACCAUACAACCAUCGAGGGGAGUAGAAUUGGGUUGUGUCAAGGUGUGUGCAGUAUACAUGUAUUACCCUGAGUCCAAAAAUGCGAUGGCAUGGAUGGCUGACCAAAGGCAAACUCGUGGUCGAGCUGCGAUGAUACGAGAUGCACCUGAAGAGGCUCAUGAUGAGUCGUCUGUGCAUAUAGGGCAACAUGAACCGGCCAACGUAGCAGGUAGAGGCCGUGGGCGUGGUAGACCUAGAGGUAGAGCUAGAGGUCAAGCUGUGGAGGAACAGGAACCAGUUCAGGCUCCUGGGAUACCACAACAACCUAACGCGCCAGGCUUCGACUUUAAUCAGUUCUUAGCUGGAGUUGCAGCUAUGCAGGCUAACCAAGUGGAGAAUCAGGCUAUGCAUAGGGAGCAACUAUUGCAACAACAACAGCGUGUUGGUGCAAAUGUCGAUAGAGACAGUGUUUUGGCUUAUAUGCGGCUCAAACCAACAGAAUUUGAUGGUUCAGGCGAUGCAUUGGAUUUUCUUGAGGAAGUUGAGCGUAAUGCUAGACGUUUACAGGCUGACGAGAGACAGUCAAUCUUGUUAGUUGAAAUGUCAAUGAAAGGACCAGCAAAAGAUUGGUUUCGACGUAUGAUUCAACCUACGAUGAAUCAAAUGACCUGGGCAGAGUUUGUUAAUCGGUACAGAGAAUUUUAUCUGCCAUUUUCUGUGACCGAGAGUUAUCGUGAUCAAUUGCUGAAUUUGAGAAGAGGAAAUAGGUCAGUACAAGAAUAUGUGACGGAAUUCACUAGGUUGGGAAGAUUUGCACCUGAUUUGAUGGCUGAUCCAGCAAGGGCGAAUGCGAGUUUUAUCAAGGGUUUAGGACCCGAGUUUAUUAGCCUUGUUUCUGAUGUGAACCGAGAUUUGAUCCAGUUGAUAGACAGUGCACGUCAAAUGGAAACUUCGUUGGUACAGUUUGGCAGAAUUGUAAAUUCUACUGCACCAGUGUCGACAAGGAGUGAUCAAGUUGGUGCGACAGCCAAUACACAAAUGUGGUUUAAUCCAAGUGGUUUUACUGGACCGCGACGUAAAAAUUUUAAAGGGAAGAGUAAUAAGCGUUUCAAUACCCCUGGAGCUAGUUCAAGUGGACGUAGCUCAGGAAGUUCUGGAGUUUUAACUCCAUAUUGCCAGAAUUGUCGGAGGAGACACUAUGGAGUGUGUCACCUUGCUCCAGGAGCGUGCUUUGUUUGUGGCCAACCAGGCCAUUAUGCAAGACAAUGUCCGAUGUCAGGAGCACAAGGGUCUGCUGCCAGUAGAGGAAGAGGUUUUGGUAAUAAUCGAGGUGGAGGAAGAAAUGGUGGAGGAAGAGGUACUGGUCAGAACUCUCAAGCGGAGGGGAGUCAAGCCAGGGUGUUUGCACUAAAUCCACAAGAGGCUCAAGCCUCUAAUGCAGUUGUGCAAGGUAUUUUUACUAUAGCUUCCAUGGAUGCUUUAGUAUUAUUUGAUCCGGGUGCAACACAUUCAUUUGUUUCACCGAGUUUUGCGAUUAAGAUGGGAAAGCAACCCGCUUACUUGCAAAAUCCAUUAUCAGUAGCCACGCCAAUGGGUGAAAGUAUGGAUGCGGACAUAGUUUAUUCGUCUUGUCCUGUGAAUGUUCAAGGACGAGAGUUGCUUGCCGAUCUAAUUUUGCUAGAAGUACUAGCAUUUGAUGUUAUAUUAGGUAUGGAUUGGUUAGCUCGACAUUAUGCGAGUGUGGAUUGUCGUGAGAAGUUAGUGACAUUCAAUACCCCUGGAAUUGAGGUGGUUUCACUUCAAAGUGAAAAAUUAAAAUCCACUGCUAGCAUAAUCUCAGCUAUGAAAGCUCAACGAAUGAUGAGAAAAGGAUGUCAAGCAUUCUUGGCUAUUGUGUUGGAUACAGAGAAAGCUCAAGGAACUGUACAGAAUGUACCGGUGGUAAUGGAGUAUCCAGAUGUUUUUCCAGACGAAUUACCGGGAUUACCACCAGAUAGAGAGAUAGAGUUUUGUAUUGAGUUAACUCCUGGUACCAAACCGAUAUCAAUACCUCCUUAUCGAAUGGCGCCAGCAGAGUUAAAGGAACUGAAAGAUCAACUAGAGGAACUACUUAGUUGUGGUUUUAUCAGACCAAGUGUUUCACCAUGGGGAGCACCUGUUUUAUUUGUUAAAAAGAAGGACAGAUCAUUUCGGCUCUGUAUAGAUUACAGACAGCUGAACAAAGUUACAAUCAAGAACAAGUACCCAUUGCCAAGGAUUGAUGAUUUGUUCGAUCAACUGCAAGGAGCAAGGUACUUUUCUAAGAUUGACUUGCGAUCAGGAUACCAUCAGUUAAAGAUCCGAGAGGAUGAUGUUUCGAAAACUGCUUUUAGGACUCGGUAUGGUCACUACGAGUUCCUAGUUAUGUCAUUUGGAUUGACAAACGCACCAGCGGCUUUCAUGGAUUUGAUGAAUAGGAUAUUCAAACCCUUCUUGGAUCAGUUUGUAAUUGUUUUCAUUGAUGAUAUUUUGAUCUACUCGCGUACGGAGGAGGAGCAUGCACAUCAUUUGCGCAUAGUUCUUCAGACAUUGAGGGAGCAUCAGUUAUACGCCAAGUUUUCAAAGUGUGAAUUUUGGUUAGAAGAAGUGGCAUUUUUGGGACAUGUUGUGUCUCAAAAUGGAAUCAAAGUAGAUCCAAAGAAGAUUGAAGCAGUUGUGGAAUGGAAACGACCAACUUCGGUGACUGAAAUUCGUAGUUUCCUUGGUUUAACAGGAUACUACAGAAGAUUUGUGCAAGAUUUCUCAAAAAUCUCUGCACCAUUGACGAAGUUAACUCAGAAAAAUGCAAAGUAUGAAUGGACAGAGAAAUGCGAUAACAGUUUUCAGAAACUGAAGGAGUGUCUAACGACAGCUCCAGUGCUAGCAUUACCUGAAGGUAUUGAAGGAUUCACUGUUUACUGUGAUGCUUCAAGAGUUGGUUUAGGAUGUGUUCUAAUGCAACAUGGACGAGUAAUAGCUUACGCUUCACGCCAACUGAAAAAGCAUGAAAGAAGGUGGCUAGAGUUGCUUAAAGAUUAUGAUUGCACUAUACAGUAUCAUCCGGGUAAAGCUAAUGUGGUAUCUGAUGCGUUAAGCCGAAAGUCUGCAGGAAGUUUAGCACACGUUACAACAGAGUGGCGAAGGCCAUUGAUCAAAGAGAUCUAUACGAUGUUCAGUCAGAACAUUAGGUUUGAAAUUUCUUAUCUUGGAAGCUUGAUAGCCCAAUUAAGUGUGCGACCAACUCUAAUCGACAGGAUUAGGGAACUACAAGGUGAAGAUCCUCAACUAAAGCGUGUCAUGGAGGAGGUAGAGAAAGGAAAGUGUCAAGACUUCAGUGUUGUUAACGGAACACUGAAGUAUGGUACCAGAUUAUGUGUACCAGAUAUUGAAAAUUUAAGGCAGAGGAUCAUGGAGGAAACCCAUGGAUCAACUUAUAGUAUUCAUCCAGGUUCUACCAAGAUGUAUAGAGAUAUUAAGGAGAUGUAUUGGUGGAACGGAAUGAAGCGAGAUAUUGCAGAGUUUGUAGCAAGGUGUCCAGUGUGUCAGCAAGUUAAGCUUGAACACCAAAGGCCAUAUGGAUUUUUACAACCCCUACCCAUACCAGAGUGGAAGUGGGAGAGGAUUACAAUGGACUUUGUGUUUCAGAUAGAGGUUCAGUAUUUACCUCUAGAUUUUGGGGAAGUUUGCAAGAAGCGAUGGGAACGCGGUAGCUGGGAUGUGUAUUUGCCAUUAGUAGAGUUCUCAUACAACAACAGCUAUCAUUCCAGUAUCGAGAUGGCUCCAUAUGAGGCAUUAUACGGUCAGAAGGUACCAUUAAUUAAGCAGCGAUUGGAAACUGCUUUUAGUCGCCAGAAAAGUUAUGCAGAUUCAAAGAGAAAAGAGAUAGAAUUUCAAGUUGGUGACUAUGUCUUUCUGAAAGUAUCACCAAUGAAGGGUGUUAUUCGUUUUGGAAAGAGAGGCAAGUUAUCUCCAAGGUAUGUGGGACCUUAUGAGAUUAUAGAGCGCAUCGGAGCGGUAGCAUAUAAAUUAGAUUUACCGCCAGAUAUGUCACAAGUUCAUCCGGUGUUUCACAUAUCGAUGCUGCGAAAAUAUAUCGCAGAUCCUUCUCAUGUGAUUCAACCACAAACUGUAGAGGUUAAUGAGGAACUUUCUUAUGAAGAGCAGCCUGUUGAGAUAGUAGAUACUCAACUACGGAAACUUCGUACUAAGGAGAUUCCUAUGGUGAAAGUGAUGUGGAGAAAUCAUUCUGUAGAGGAGUGUACGUGGGAGACGGAGGUGGAUAUGCGUCAGCGAUAUCCUUACCUGUUUUUACAAGGUACGUAG